UAACCAAAGAAAUUUCCUUAGUAAGAAAUCUAAGCCCAAACAUGACCCAACCUCCACCAAAUUAUGUAGGGGAAGAUUCAAUCAAAUCCUACAAAUCUUCCAAAGAGUAUCCUCAAAAGGCCAAGGGCAUGUCCUUCUUUGCCUUUCUUCUCUCCAUUUCUAUUUACAUUUCUAUUUUUUAUAUCUUCGACCUAUCUCCUUCCACUCUCUUCAACACCACCAAGUUUUGGUUCUUCAUUUCCAACACUCUCAUCCUCAUCAUUGCCGCUGACUCUGGUGCUUUCUCUUCAUCGAAACCACAACAAGAUGUUUACGAAGAGUACUGCUACAUGAUGAAGAAUGCCUCAUCCAUCGUUUCACAACCCCUGGAAGUCGUGAAAGAGGUUGAUGAUUUGCAAGAAAAGAAAGUAAUAUAUAUAGAAACUGGUUUCGAAAAGCCAAGCCAUCAGGAAGAUUUGCAGGAUAAGAUUCAUGCAACAACUUAUCCUCGUCCAAGUAAGUCGGAAAAUACCAAACGAGGAGUGGUUGAUGAGGAGAAGAACAUUCUAAGGCGGUCGGAGACUGAAAAGUAUGAACAACCAAGUGUAGAAGAAAAUGAGUUUUCAACCAUGUCUGAUGAGGAUCUGAACAGAAGAUUUGAAGAGUUUAUUCAGAGAUUUAAUAAACAAAUUCGUCGUCAAGGGACUAGAAACUUUAGGCCAAAUUUAAAAUAGAAAAAAGAACAAAAAAAAAAAUCUUCCCUAAUAUAUGGGAUAUGCAGAGAAGUAGAUUUUCAGAGGAUUAGAGGAACAGUCGCUGGCUUUUUCUUAUGUAGUUCUUGUUUGUGUCUUGUCCUUUCUUUUUUACUUUGCUAUUAUCUUUCAAUGGUUAGUGUAGAAUGCUUUGGACUUUUGCAAG